UUACCUAAACUGAUGAUGAUAGGGCUAAGGGUACUGCGAUAUUGGUUGCUGUAGGACGAGGCGGACGACCAAAUUUGUGGUCGAAUCGGGAGCGGGCGGCGGCGGAUUACGCAAUUAUUGCGCGAAUCGGGAGCCGGUGGAGGUGGAUUGCGCAAUUUUUGACCGAAUCGAGCUCGGUGAGGACUACAACAAAGGACGAACUUGCUUUGCUGGUGAGCAAACCAAUAAGGAAGUGAAGAAAUUCGAGCCGACACGACCAAGUGAAGAAAUCGAAACGUGAAAAAUCCAAGCAGUUAUCGUCUCCAUUUGGUUCGAAACUGAAAGCUCUUUCACCACAUUAUGCAUGUCUGGCCCGGCGGCCAUUGCUAGUAAGAUCCAGAGGGCGCUCUCUUUAUCCGACAGGGCGAAAUCCGUCGACGUCGCGGCGCCGAAUGAUCGAGCCGAAUCGAACGGGGACGCCGCGGAGGCCGUCGCAUUUCGAUCGGAGGAAGUUUUGCUGCCGAACGGCGAAUCCUACAAUGGAUCGAUGCUCGGGAACGUACCCGAGGGGUCGGGCGACUACGCGUGGCCCGACGGGUGCAAGUACGUGGGCGAGUGGCGACGCGGGAUGCGGCACGGAUACGGGAAGCUCGAAUGGCCGUCGGGCGCGUCAUAUGAGGGCGAGUUUUCCGGCGGGUAUAUGCAUGGGACGGGGACGUAUACACGGCCGGAUAAUACGAUAUAUAAAGGUCGUUGGCGAUUGAGUUUGAAGCACGGUUUAGGGUACCAAGUUUAUCCAAACGGCGAUUCGUUCGAAGGGUCAUGGAUACAAGGGAGCCCCGAAGGGCCCGGGAAAUAUACGUGGUCGAACGGGAACGUCUACUUGGGGAAUAUGAAGAACGGCGCGAUGUCGGGGAAGGGGACGCUGACUUGGAUUAGCGGCGACUCGUACGAGGGGAAUUGGUCGAACGGUAUGAUGCACGGGUUUGGAGUUUAUACGUGGAGCGACGGGGGCUGCUACGUCGGGACGUGGACGUGCGGCGUCAAGGACGGGAAAGGGACGUUUUAUCCGAAGGGGAGUAAGGUUCCGGCCGGGCAUCAAUUGUACCUUAACGCGCUUCGGAAACAAGGGCUACUUCCUGAUCUUCGGAAACAGAGUCAAGUCUCGCAUAUCGAUCACGCGACGUCGAUGGACAUCGGCGCCGUGAAGGUCGGUCCGAACGAGUCGGAUAAGGUAUCGAACGUUUCGUUGGAAAGACGGUGGAGCCUCGAGAUAUCGAUCGAGAAAGUCAUCGGGCAUGUUAGGUCGUCGAGCGUUUCCGAAGCUACUUUUGAGUCGCGCGACAACGAGGAAGACGUGAACACACCGAUCUUGGAACGGGAAUACAUGCAAGGCGUGCUCAUUAGCGAGCUUGUGUUGAGCGACCGGUUCUCACCGUCGUCUAGAAGGUCGAAGAAGAGGCAGAAGCGACUCGCGAGGGAGAUCAAGAAGCCCGGCGAGCAGAUUAUAAAAGGUCACCGGAGUUACGAUUUGAUGCUGAGUUUGCAGCUCGGAAUCAGGUACACCGUGGGGAAGAUUACUCCGAUACAGCGACGAGAAGUGAGAGCGACGGAUUUUGGCCCCCGCGCGAGCUUUUGGAUGAGCUUUCCGAAGGAGGGGUCGCAGUUGACGCCGCCCCAUCAGUCGGAGGAUUUCAAGUGGAAAGAUUAUUGCCCGAUGGUCUUUAGGAAUUUGAGGGAGAUGUUCAAGAUCGACGCUGCCGACUACAUGAUGUCGAUAUGUGGAAACGAUACUCUUAGAGAGCUUUCGUCGCCGGGGAAGAGUGGCAGCGUCUUCUUCUUGUCGCAAGAUGACCGUUUUAUGAUCAAGACACUUCGAAAAUCGGAAGUCAAGGUUUUGCUGCGGAUGCUCCCAAACUAUCAUCGUCACGUGCGCAGAUAUGACAAUACUCUUAUAACUAAAUUUUUCGGUCUUCACCGAAUCAAGCCUUCGAGCGGCCAAAAGUUCCGAUUUGUAGUAAUGGGGAAUAUGUUCUGCACAGAAUUGAGAAUCCACCGGAGGUUCGAUCUAAAGGGCUCGUCGUUGGGAAGGUCUGCGGACAAGGUUGAGAUCGACGAGAACACAAUUCUCAAAGAUCUCGACUUGAACUACUGUUUUUACUUGGAGCCAUCUUGGCGCGACGCCUUAUUAGAGCAGAUUGAAAUCGACAGCAAAUUCUUGGAGUCGGAGAACAUUAUGGACUACAGUCUCUUGUUAGGAGUUCAUUACCGCGCGCCUCAACACCUUCGAUCUUUAAUGUCGUACAGCCAGCGAAUGUCGGUGGAAGGACUCGGGAUCGUCGCUGAAGACGAGUCGAUGGAGGACGAGAUAGCUCCACAAGGCCUCGUUUUGGCGCCACGAGGCUCCGACGACAACAGUCUCGUCGUUGGCCCGCAUAUUCGAGGCAGCCGGCUACGAGCAUCGUCUUCGACUGGCGACGAGGAAGUCGACCUUCUCCUCCCCGGCACGGCAAGGCUACAAAUCCAAUUGGGAGUGAACAUGCCGGCGAGAGCGGAGCAUAUUCCGGGAGACGAUGGGACACAGAUGUUUCACGAGGUGUACGAUGUUGUCUUGUACUUGGGCAUCAUCGACAUCCUGCAAGAGUACAACAUGAGUAAGAAGAUCGAGCACACGGUGAAAUCGAUGCAAUUCGACUCGGUCUCGAUCUCGGCUGUCGACCCGAUGUUCUACUCGGAGAGGUUCUUGGACUUCAUCCAAAAGGUUUUCCCGCCAAAUGCUGUGGCGGGUUAGACGACAUGUCUUGAACAUGGUUGGAUCGAUCGAUAAUCUUCGGGUUUUCGAGCAUCUAUUUAUGGAUCAAUUCCUCGUAUGUAUUGUAAGAUUUUAAGGUUAAAGAAUGUCGUCGUCAAUGAAUUAAAUUCUGUAAUUUUUACCCUUUGCUUCGACUAUAUAUGCGACUUUGCUUCAUUCAAUAUAUAUAAGGCUUUGACUUUCUCUACA